AUGAUUCUUCAGCCGAUGCCUUUGCGUGACCCUCCAGGGGCUCGCCGGCGCAGCAGUUCAGCCUUUAUAUGGCUGAAACAUCAGCGCAGGUCCUCUAAAACAUUAGGCAAUUCAUCUGCCACCCAUAGAGUGCUUCCUUCCUUUCCAUCUCUUGGCAGUAAACGGGGCGUUCCACUGCCUGUCAACAGGGCCCUAAUCAGUUCAGAGAAAAGGCACAUACAGGAAUUCGCAACGGGACUAAAAAGUUCCAGUGGAGAGAAGCGCAAAAGAAAAUGGCUGCCGAUACCAGUAUAUAAAGAUCCUCCCCACGGAAGCGCUUCAACGGAAACUUUUGGAUCUCCAAACUCCUGCAGCCCCUGUGGGGAACCGUCACGUUGCGGAUCAAGUGAAGCCGCUCAGCAACAGGAAGCUGUACUGGCAUCUGAACGAGCCCUCCUUUCCUACCCUAUCCUGUUCGAUCAAUCAGGUGGUCUGCAUUCAAAUGCCCUCCAUCGUGCAGACCCAUCUCCGCCAACUGGUGGAGCCAAUGAGAGAUGUCACUUCGAAAAGAAUUUGGUGCUACCGGCAGACAAAGAGACUCCAAGCAUGCCCCCACAAACUGCAGACAAAAGAGCGAGUGCACUUCCUGGGUCAAUGGUUGCUGGGAGGGUUCACAAUCGCGGUGAACCAAACACAGUGCUUACGGUAUGCGAAGGAAUGUCCAAAGCUUUCCUUAGUCAAACGGAGCCGCCUAUAGCGGUGCGUGAGGAAGCUACGACAAAGGUGCCGCAGCCAGUGCCUGUCAUGUCGGGCGAAACGCAGCAGCAGCACUACAAAUACAAACAGAGCGAAGCGCAGAGGCCAGCAGGGACAUCAACCGACGGAUGGACGAACACCAUCUGCAACAGUUCUCCUGUACUUCUCCACAGCCUCAACAUCUCUGUAUCUCCUACACAACUACCCAAACAAAACCGCCUCCGGCAUAAACAUGAGACAAUUAAGACGUUCCCUUCAAUCGAAACCCGGCAACGGCAAGAUACCUGCGUCGCAACCAGCAAGCCACAGUUUACUACAAACAGAGUCCACGCACUGCAGCAUCCAACACUAGACAUAUCAUCAAGCAACAGCUUCUUCAACAUGCAACAAAAGGACGGUCACAGACACAACGAAGCAGCAAACAAUGAAAAUAAAAAUCCACACGCACACGAGUACGAAGAGCGCAGAGCAGGGCCUCGACGCUCAUCAGCAGGAAACCACAGCCUCCCCAUGUUCAUAGCCCGUGCACACCAUCACCCAGCACGUCGGGACACAGACACGUCCUAUGAAGAAACAGGCUCACUCCGAAAUGAGGACCUUGAGCCUGCCUCUGCUUCACGCCGACAGGUUCGGCAGUCGUUCAUAUCGGAUCCUCGACAACGCGUGCUCCUCACACGAACCAACUCGGCCGAAAAAGAGAAACACAGUCAACACGCACACGAGUACGAAGAGCGCAGAGCAGGGCCUCGACGCUCAUCAGCAGGAAACCACAGCCUCCCCAUGUUCAUAGCCCGUGCACACCAUCACCCAGCACGUCGGGACACAGACACGUCCUAUGAAGAAACAGGCUCACUCCGAAAUGAGGACCUUGAGCCUGCCUCUGCUUCACGCCGACAGGUUCGGCAGUCGUUCAUAUCGGAUCCUCGACAACGCGUGCUCCUCACACGAACCAACUCGGCCGAAAAAGAGAAACACAGUCAACACGCACACGAGUACGAAGAGCGCAGAGCAGGGCCUCGACGCUCAUCAGCAGGAAACCACAGCCUCCCCAUGUUCAUAGCCCGCGCACACCAUCACCCAGCACGUCGGGACACAGACACGUCCUAUGAAGAAACAGGCUCACUCCGAAAUGAGGACCUUGAGCCUGCCUCUGCUUCACGCCGACAGGUUCGGCAGUCGUUCAUAUCGGAUCCUCGACAACGCGUGCUCCUCACACGAACCAACUCGGCCGAAAAAGAGAAACACAGUCAACACGCACACGAGUACGAAGAGCGCAGAGCAGGGCCUCGACGCUCAUCAGCAGGAAACCACAGCCUCCCCAUGUUCAUAGCCCGCGCACAUCAACAGCCAUCCCAUCAGGUGGCUUAUGCGUCGGCAGAUGAAAGGCCCUCUCGUUCCGACGACAUGUACGAGCCUGCCUCUGCUUCACGCCGACAGGUUCGGCAGUCGUUCAUAUCGGAUCCUCGACAACGCGUGCUCCUCACACGAACCAACUCGGCCGAAAAAGAGAAACACAGUCAACACGCACACGAGUACGAAGAGCGCAGAGCAGGGCCUCGACGCUCAUCAGCAGGAAACCACAGCCUCCCCAUGUUCAUAGCCCGAGCACAUCAACAGCCAUCCCAUCAGGUGGCUUAUGCGUCGGCAGAUGAAAGGCCGUCUCGUUCCGACGACAUGUACGAGCCUGCCUCUGCUUCACGCCGACAGGUUCGGCAGUCGUUCAUAUCGGAUCCUCGACAACGCGUGCUCCUCACACGAACCAACUCGGCCGAAAAAGAGAAACACAGUCAACACGCACACGAGUACGAAGAGCGCAGAGCAGGGCCUCGACGCUCAUCAGCAGGAAACCACAGCCUCCCCAUGUUCAUAGCCCGCGCACACCAUCACCCAGCACGUCGGGACACAGACACGUCCUAUGAAGAAACAGGCUCACUCCGAAAUGAGGACCUUGAGCCUGCCUCUGCUUCACGCCGACAGGUUCGGCAGUCGUUCAUAUCGGAUCCUCGACAACGCGUGCUCCUCACACGAACCAACUCGGCCGAAAAAGAGAAACACAGUCAACACGCACACGAGUACGAAGAGCGCAGAGCAGGGCCUCGACGCUCAUCAGCAGGAAACCACAGCCUCCCCAUGUUCAUAGCCCGUGCACACCAUCACCCAGCACGUCGGGACACAGACACGUCCUAUGAAGAAACAGGCUCACUCCGAAAUGAGGACCUUGAGCCUGCCUCUGCUUCACGCCGACAGGUUCGGCAGUCGUUCAUAUCGGAUCCUCGACAACGCGUGCUCCUCACACGAACCAACUCGGCCGAAAAAGAGAAACACAGUCAACACGCACACGAGUACGAAGAGCGCAGAGCAGGGCCUCGACGCUCAUCAGCAGGAAACCACAGCCUCCCCAUGUUCAUAGCCCGCGCACAUCAACAGCCAUCCCAUCAGGUGGCUUAUGCGUCGGCAGAUGAAAGGCCGUCUCGUUCCGACGACAUGUACGAGCCUGCCUCUGCUUCACGCCGACAGGUUCGGCAGUCGUUCAUAUCGGAUCCUCGACAACGCGUGCUCCUCACACGAACCAACUCGGCCGAAAAAGAGAAACACAGUCAACACGCACACGAGUACGAAGAGCGCAGAGCAGGGCCUCGACGCUCAUCAGCAGGAAACCACAGCCUCCCCAUGUUCAUAGCCCGCGCACACCAUCACCCAGCACGUCGGGACACAGACACGUCCUAUGAAGAAACAGGCUCACUCCGAAAUGAGGACCUUGAGCCUGCCUCUGCUUCACGCCGACAGGUUCGGCAGUCGUUCAUAUCGGAUCCUCGACAACGCGUGCUCCUCACACGAACCAACUCGGCCGAAAAAGAGAAACACAGUCAACACGCACACGAGUACGAAGAGCGCAGAGCAGGGCCUCGACGCUCAUCAGCAGGAAACCACAGCCUCCCCAUGUUCAUAGCCCGCGCACACCAUCACCCAGCACGUCGGGACACAGACACGUCCUAUGAAGAAACAGGCUCACUCCGAAAUGAGGACCUUGAGCCUGCCUCUGCUUCACGCCGACAGGUUCGGCAGUCGUUCAUAUCGGAUCCUCGACAACGCGUGCUCCUCACACGAACCAACUCGGCCGAAAAAGAGAAACACAGUCAACACGCACACGAGUACGAAGAGCGCAGAGCAGGGCCUCGACGCUCAUCAGCAGGAAACCACAGCCUCCCCAUGUUCAUAGCCCGUGCACACCAUCACCCAGCACGUCGGGACACAGACACGUCCUAUGAAGAAACAGGCUCACUCCGAAAUGAGGACCUUGAGCCUGCCUCUGCUUCACGCCGACAGGUUCGGCAGUCGUUCAUAUCGGAUCCUCGACAACGCGUGCUCCUCACACGAACCAACUCGGCCGAAAAAGAGAAACACAGUCAACACGCACACGAGUACGAAGAGCGCAGAGCAGGGCCUCGACGCUCAUCAGCAGGAAACCACAGCCUCCCCAUGUUCAUAGCUCGUGCACAUCAACAGGCGUCCCAUCAGGACGCUAGUGCGACUUCUGCGAAAGGUAUAUUGCUUGGAAGGAUGAGUGGUACAGUGGAUUGUACUCCAGGAAAACGUGUGAGUGUUCUUCGACUGUUCCUUCUUAAAGGGGAUUUUCGUAUCAUAGCAAUCUGCGCGGAUUCGUUUGUGGCCGUCAAGCUUGUCGCUGUCGUUUACAGUUAG